CCCCGCCCCGCCCCGCCCCGCCCCGCCCCGCCCCGCCCCGCCCCGCCCCGCCCCGCCCCGCCCCGCCCCGCCCCGCCCCGCCCCGCCCCGCCCCGCCCCGCCCCGCCCCGCCCCGCCCCGCCCCGCCCCGCCCCGCCCCGCCCCGCCCCGCCCCGCCCCGCCCCGCCCCGCCCCGCCCCGCCCCGCCCCGCCCCGCCCCGCCCCGCCCCGCCCCGCCCCGCCCCGCCCCGCCCCGCCCCGCCCCGCCCCGCCCCGCCCCGCCCCGCCCCGCCCCGCCCCGCCCCGCCCCGCCCCGCCCCGCCCCGCCCCGCCCCGCCCCGCCCCGCCCCGCCCCGCCCCGCCCCGCCCCGCCCCGCCCCGCCCCGCCCCGCCCCGCCCCGCCCCGCCCCGCCCCGCCCCGCCCCGCCCCGCCCCGCCCCGCCCCGCCCCGCCCCGCCCCGCCCCGCCCCGCCCCGCCCCGCCCCGCCCCGCCCCGCCCCGCCCCGCCCCGCCCCGCCCCGCCCCGCCCCGCCCCGCCCCGCCCCGCCCCGCCCCGCCCCGCCCCGCCCCGCCCCGCCCCGCCCCGCCCCGCCCCGCCCCGCCCCGCCCCGCCCCGCCCCGCCCCGCCCCGCCCCGCCCCGCCCCGCCCCGCCCCGCCCCGCCCCGCCCCGCCCCGCCCCGCCCCGCCCCGCCCCGCCCCGCCCCGCCCCGCCCCGCCCCGCCCCGCCCCGCCCCGCCCCGCCCCGCCCCGCCCCGCCCCGCCCCGCCCCGCCCCGCCCCGCCCCGCCCCGCCCCGCCCCGCCCCGCCCCGCCCCGCCCCGCCCCGCCCCGCCCCGCCCCGCCCCGCCCCGCCCCGCCCCGCCCCGCCCCGCCCCGCCCCGCCCCGCCCCGCCCCGCCCCGCCCCGCCCCGCCCCGCCCCGCCCCGCCCCGCCCCGCCCCGCCCCGCCCCGCCCCGCCCCGCCCCGCCCCGCCCCGCCCCGCCCCGCCCCGCCCCGCCCCGCCCCGCCCCGCCCCGCCCCGCCCCGCCCCGCCCCGCCCCGCCCCGCCCCGCCCCGCCCCGCCCCGCCCCGCCCCGCCCCGCCCCGCCCCGCCCCGCCCCGCCCCGCCCCGCCCCGCCCCGCCCCGCCCCGCCCCGCCCCGCCCCGCCCCGCCCCGCCCCGCCCCGCCCCGCCCCGCCCCGCCCCGCCCCGCCCCGCCCCGCCCCGCCCCGCCCCGCCCCGCCCCGCCCCGCCCCGCCCCGCCCCGCCCCGCCCCGCCCCGCCCCGCCCCGCCCCGCCCCGCCCCGCCCCGCCCCGCCCCGCCCCGCCCCGCCCCGCCCCGCCCCGCCCCGCCCCGCCCCGCCCCGCCCCGCCCCGCCCCGCCCCGCCCCGCCCCGCCCCGCCCCGCCCCGCCCCGCCCCGCCCCGCCCCGCCCCGCCCCGCCCCGCCCCGCCCCGCCCCGCCCCGCCCCGCCCCGCCCCGCCCCGCCCCGCCCCGCCCCGCCCCGCCCCGCCCCGCCCCGCCCCGCCCCGCCCCGCCCCGCCCCGCCCCGCCCCGCCCCGCCCCGCCCCGCCCCGCCCCGCCCCGCCCCGCCCCGCCCCGCCCCGCCCCGCCCCGCCCCGCCCCGCCCCGCCCCGCCCCGCCCCGCCCCGCCCCGCCCCGCCCCGCCCCGCCCCGCCCCGCCCCGCCCCGCCCCGCCCCGCCCCGCCCCGCCCCGCCCCGCCCCGCCCCGCCCCGCCCCGCCCCGCCCCGCCCCGCCCCGCCCCGCCCCGCCCCGCCCCGCCCCGCCCCGCCCCGCCCCGCCCCGCCCCGCCCCGCCCCGCCCCGCCCCGCCCCGCCCCGCCCCGCCCCGCCCCGCCCCGCCCCGCCCCGCCCCGCCCCGCCCCGCCCCGCCCCGCCCCGCCCCGCCCCGCCCCGCCCCGCCCCGCCCCGCCCCGCCCCGCCCCGCCCCGCCCCGCCCCGCCCCGCCCCGCCCCGCCCCGCCCCGCCCCGCCCCGCCCCGCCCCGCCCCGCCCCGCCCCGCCCCGCCCCGCCCCGCCCCGCCCCGCCCCGCCCCGCCCCGCCCCGCCCCGCCCCGCCCCGCCCCGCCCCGCCCCGCCCCGCCCCGCCCCGCCCCGCCCCGCCCCGCCCCGCCCCGCCCCGCCCCGCCCCGCCCCGCCCCGCCCCGCCCCGCCCCGCCCCGCCCCGCCCCGCCCCGCCCCGCCCCGCCCCGCCCCGCCCCGCCCCGCCCCGCCCCGCCCCGCCCCGCCCCGCCCCGCCCCGCCCCGCCCCGCCCCGCCCCGCCCCGCCCCGCCCCGCCCCGCCCCGCCCCGCCCCGCCCCGCCCCGCCCCGCCCCGCCCCGCCCCGCCCCGCCCCGCCCCGCCCCGCCCCGCCCCGCCCCGCCCCGCCCCGCCCCGCCCCGCCCCGCCCCGCCCCGCCCCGCCCCGCCCCGCCCCGCCCCGCCCCGCCCCGCCCCGCCCCGCCCCGCCCCGCCCCGCCCCGCCCCGCCCCGCCCCGCCCCGCCCCGCCCCGCCCCGCCCCGCCCCGCCCCGCCCCGCCCCGCCCCGCCCCGCCCCGCCCCGCCCCGCCCCGCCCCGCCCCGCCCCGCCCCGCCCCGCCCCGCCCCGCCCCGCCCCGCCCCGCCCCGCCCCGCCCCGCCCCGCCCCGCCCCGCCCCGCCCCGCCCCGCCCCGCCCCGCCCCGCCCCGCCCCGCCCCGCCCCGCCCCGCCCCGCCCCGCCCCGCCCCGCCCCGCCCCGCCCCGCCCCGCCCCGCCCCGCCCCGC